ACCAUUCACUCCGACUUUCUAUUUGAACACUCAUUCUCCGGGUGCUUCUCGAAUAUAUCUUGCAAUUCGAGCUGAUACAUCUUUGAGUAUCGGCACAUUCCUCCAUGGCUCUCCGGUGAUAGAGGUCGACUCAAGGCGAACCAUCUCGCAAAACAAGAAGGGGGAACGGUGAAUCGGAGUGCUGGAAGCUCUGGGCAGACAAUUGUUUCGGUUGUUGACUCUGCUCUAAAGUUGCUAUUGUGCUGGAAAACGGUUUCGGUUCACCUAACCUUCCAAGGCCUUCUUAUUGUUACAACCUGCCUACAACUUCUCCAUUGUUACCCUCGACAAAACCACGCAAAUCUCCUCCAUGUAUCGAACUUCUGCGAGACCUGCUCCUCUCGAUUUCCUUUUACCUUCUGCACACUCGAGCUACGACAUCGACCGGCGUAAGGAUAUUGGGAUCUGUCAUCCACUCCCCCAACGUACACCGAUCUUCUUCGAGGCUCCUCUUAGCGGGCUUCGAACUCCUCCUGCGGACGAGAUGGCCACUACGUAUUCAAAUCGACAAUAUAAUCCCUACGCAACAGGGCGAGAUACUGCAUAUCCCCCCUCAGCUUCUUCUGCAGGCACCUACAGUGCUGGGACAUACUCGGGGUCAAGCACGCAUAGCAGAUCAUAUUCUACGUCAAAUCAAGCACCUUCCGCUUCUACUCUGCGAAGAGAGGUCCAAGGCUCGCAUCCGCUGCCGACACAACCAUCAAGCCCGGCCCCAGGCAAUCGACAAAACAAUUUAGCUCCUCCAGAAGAUCAAUCUCGCAGAAAGAGUGCCCACGGCGAUAUGAUUCGACCAAGUUUACAAAUCCCAACUUCAAUCUGCGAGGAUGGAGGGAGUCUGGCGGAAUUUGCAGCGCAGAUUACCUGCUUGUUCUGGUUCGAAUCCACCGAAACUCUUCGAAAGGCUGAGGGCCUCGUUCCUUCUUCAUCACCAAUAAAGAGACUAGAGAGAGAGGCACUACCUUCGAGCGGAUUCAGAAAAUGGGUUGUGACGAUACUUUCAACUACGCAAGUGACUGACAACGUCAUUCUCCUGGCUCUUCUAUUCAUCUACCGACUGAAGACGAGCAACCCGGCCGUUAAAGGCAGGAGUGGCAGCGAGUACCGUCUUUUGACCGUGGCUCUGAUGCUGGGCAAUAAGUUCUUGGAUGACAAUACCUACACCAACAAGACGUGGGCCGAGGUUUCUGGCAUUUCCGUAACCGAAAUCCAUGUUAUGGAAGUUGAGUUCUUGAGCAACAUGAGAUACAGUCUCUUAGCGUCGGAAAAGCAGUGGGCGGAGUGGCACCAGAAGUUGAGGAAAUUCCGCAUUUACUGCGACCGUGCUGCCAAUGCUCCUCUUCCAUCGGUACUUCCUCCAGGAUUGCCGACUCCAAGCCUUCAAUCGACCUUGCCAUCACCACCGUCGCUGCAGCCUUCGCCUCCUUCGCACCACUACCCAGCUAGUUCGGGCUUAAUGACCGGCCACCACUAUCAAUCUCCUCUCUCUCAGGCCCCAUUGUCUUCGCCUUUAUCUAGUAUACCAGAGCUAGAUUUCAGAGGAUACAACCGCAAGCGAAGCUAUGACGGAGACGAUGAGGAACCCGUUGCCAAGAGAGUCACGAGACCAGUCACGACCCAAAGUCAAUACGUACCCAAUCUUCCAACUGCACGAUCGGAUGUUCCUCGUUUACCUGUCCCGAAUCUUACCAUUUCUACAAGCCAACCCCCAAUGGUUAAUGGGUACAAUUCGGCCUCGAAUAUGGUUCCUAACGUUCCUCUUCUUCCUCCUCCUAAUGGCAGGGCUAUGUCCACUGUCUACCCUUCAACACCAUCGUCUUGGGGACCUCAGUUGCCUAUGCUAACCCCAACCGGACCGGCACCCACUAACAACGGUUACACUACACCUUCACGACGCCACAGUCCUGGUUCUGUUCAUGACCUUCUCUCCUACGGAUCGUCUCCGAUAGCAGGCAACUACCCUAACCACAACCCUGGUCACAUUUCACCUUCUGUCUUCCUUCAACAACGUUCUUCACCGUACAAACCCGUUCGACAUGUCAAUACGCUUCUCUAUCCUCCACCAUCUGCGUCGAUGCACGACUACUCGGUCAACACCGACCAGAUGCAUUACCAACCUCUGGGAAAAAGAAAUGAUUAUCGAGCUGGCGUCGUACCCGACUACGCUUCUCACCCUUCUUACCACUAUCCGGUCCUUCCGCAACCCAAUUUUCAUGCAUAAAGGGUCGACUCUUUAUUUUUCAAAACUUUUCUCAUCGAUCCGAUUGU